CGGGCGUAGAUGCCUCCUGUCAGCCUAAGGAGCCACGCCCCGGUCGCGCGUCCGGUCCGCUCCGCCUUAACGCCACGGGCCUGGUUCUCCCGGCUCUGGCCGCCCCUCCCCACCCCCCGAGGACGCCGCGUGGGCGGCCGUAAGUUUGCCAAAGAUGAGAGUGACUUUAUCAACUUUGGAUACUUGUGAGAGCUCCUUCACGCCUCUAGUGGUCAUAGAACUCGCCCAGGAUGUCAAAGAUGAAACCAAAGAAUGGCUCAAAAACAGAAUCAUCGCCAAAAAGAAAGAUGGAGGUGCCCAGCUAUUGUUUAGACCACUGCUAAAUAAGUAUGAGAAAGAAACUCUAGAAAACCAGAAUUUAUACCUUGUUGGUGCCUCAAAUGUCCGACUGUUACUGGGAGCAGAAGCAGUAGGCCUGGUGAAGGAAUGCACGGAUGCCGCCAUGCGGGCCUUCACCUAUGGAACACGACACAAUUUUAAAGGUUUCCAUGAUAACAAUAACGACUUCCUGACCAUGGCUGAGUGUCAGUUCAUUAUCAAACACGAACUCGAGAACCUUAGAGCUAGAGAGGAGAAGAUGAUUCCUGGAUACCCGCAGGCCAAGCUGUACCCCGGGAAGUCACUGAUGAGGAGGCUGCUCACAUCUGGCAUUGUGACCCAGGUGUUUCCGCUGCAUGACCCUGAGGCCCUGAAGAAACUUGAGGAUACCUGGUACACUCGGUUUGCUCUGAAGUAUCAGCCCAUAGACAGCAUUCGUGGCUACUUUGGGGAGACGAUCGCUCUGUACUUCGGGUUCCUGGAGUACUUCACCUUUGCCUUAAUCCCCAUGGCUGUCAUCGGGCUGCCCUACUACCUUUUUGUGUGGGAAGACUAUGACAAGUAUGUCAUCUUUGCUUCGUUUAACCUCAUCUGGUCCACAGUGAUCCUGGAGGUGUGGAAGCGUGGCUGUGCCAACAUGACCUAUCGCUGGGGGACACUGGUCAUGAAAAGGCAGUUUGAGGAGCCCAGGCCAGGGUUUCAUGGAGUCCUUGGCAUCAAUUCAGUUACGGGCAGGGAAGAGCCCCUCUACUCCAGCUACAAGAGACAGCUGCGCAUCUACCUGGUCUCUCUGCCAUUUGUGUGCCUCUGCCUUUAUUUCUCCCUCUAUGUCAUGAUGAUCUACUUUGACAUGGAGGACUGGGCCUUGAGUCUCCACGAGGACAGUGGUUCUGAGUGGACCAGCCUCCUGCUGUACGUGCCCAGUAUUGUUUAUGCCAUUGUGAUUGAGAUCAUGAACCGCCUCUAUCGAUAUGCUGCUGAGUUCCUGACAUCCUGGGAGAAUCACCGAUUGGAAUCUGCCUACCAGAAUCAUCUUGUUCUGAAAGUGUUGGUGUUCAACUUUCUGAAUUGCUUCGCCUCGCUCUUCUACAUUGCCUUUGUCCUGAAGGACAUGAAGCUUUUGCGCCAGAGCUUGGCCACACUCCUGAUCACCUCUCAGAUUCUGAACCAAGUCGUAGAAUCUCUACUUCCUUACUGGCUCCAGCGGAAGUACUGUGCAAGCGUGAAAAGGAAGGUGCGGGCACUAAAGUCAGAUGUCGACACAACCUUGUAUGAGCAAGUCCUCCUGGAGAAGGAAAUGGGAACUUACCUGGGAACCUUUGAUGAUUACCUGGAGUUGUUCCUGCAAUUUGGCUAUGUGAGCCUUUUCUCUUGUGUUUACCCAUUAGCAGCUGCCUUUGCUGUGUUAAAUAACUUCACUGAAGUCAACUCAGAUGCCUUGAAAAUGUGCAGGGUCUUCAAACGGCCAUUUUCAGAACCUUCAGCCAGUAUUGGCGUAUGGCAGUUGGCUUUUGAAACGAUGAGUGUUAUAUCAGUGGUCACUAACUGUGCUCUGAUCGGAAUGUCACCACAAGUGAAUGCAGUCUUUCCAGAAUCCAAAACAGACCUUGUUCUGAUCGUGGUGGCUGUGGAGCACGCACUCUUGGCUUUGAAGUUCAUACUUGCCUUUGCCAUUCCUGAUAAACCACGGCAUAUCCAGCAGAAACUGGCCAGACUGGAAUUUGAAUCUUUGGAGGCACUGAAGCAACAGCAAAUGAAGCUGGUGGCAGAAAACCUGAAGGAGGAGUGCCAGGAAGAUGGGGAGGAGGCUACCUGAGCUGCCCAUGCUGGCCGUCCUGUCCCCAGCCUGUGCUGAGGAGCACCUGCGUCACGCCUGCGUUACACCUGCACAGGGAGGGGACACCAGCCUGAGCUUAGCCCGGAUGCCAGGCUGUGUGAAGUGACUGAGACUGAGACAGGGGAAAGGGGCUGGGCUCUAGUGGCUCCCUGGCGCCCUCUCUCCUGGGCUGUCCAGCCGCUCGCGCCCUCCAGCUGAGUCACUUUGCUCUGGGGCCUCCGCUGCUGCCCUUCAACUUUGUCCCUAGAGUCACCAGCUUUCCACAUGGGCUUCAUAGUAGGCCUCACAUCCAACCCCAGGGGCCCCGUGAUGGGGUGGCGGCUUAGUGCCUGUGCCCAUGAUACCCGUGGCGGGAGCCAUGCCAAAGCAGCGGUGGCGAUGGUGGUAGGGGAGUGGGGGCACCCCUGAACCUCCUUCUUGCUUCCAUAUGGUGGUAUGUUGACACUUUGCGACUGAGCUAUUAAAGGCAGCCCUCCACUCUGA